CGGGUGUUUUUUCUUCGGCUGGACGGUGGACGGUGACAGUAAACUAACGCAGCUUUCUCGAGUGUUAAAGCUCUACUUUGGCCGAAAUGAACCGUAUAUUUGGCAGCUCGAAGCCCAAAGCUCCCCCGCCGAACCUUGCGGACUGUAUAGGAAAUGUUGAUUCUCGGUCAGAGUCCAUUGACAAGAAGAUCAGCAGACUAGACGCUGAACUUGUGAAAUACAAGGAUCAGAUGAAGAAGAUGAGAGAUGGGCCCUCAAAGAACAUGGUCAAGCAAAAGGCUAUGAGAGUUCUGAAGCAGAAGAGAAUGUAUGAGGGCCAGAGAGAUAAUCUCAUGCAGCAGUCGUUCAACAUGGAACAAGCAAACUACACUAUCCAGUCCCUUAAAGACACUAAAACCACAGUUGAUGCAAUGAAAGUCGGCCUCAAAGACAUGAAGAAAGCAUACAAGCAUGUGAAGAUUGACCAGAUUGAGGAUAUUCAAGAUCAGCUGGAGGACAUGAUGGAGGAUGCCAACGACAUCCAGGAGGCGCUGGGCAGAAGCUAUGGCACCCCUGAAAUUGAUGAAGACGACUUGGAAGCAGAGCUGGAUGCUUUGGGAGACGAGUUCCUAAUGGAUGACGACAGCUCCUACCUGGACGAGGCUUCAUCAGCUCCUUCCAUCCCAGAGGGCCUGCCUGGAGACAAGUCAACAAACAGGGACGGUGUUUUGGUGGACGAGUUUGGCCUUCCUCAGAUUCCUGCUACAUAAAGGAGCGAUCCUGCUGGUUUUCCAUGUAUCAUAGCCUUUUUAUAUUUAACCAACUGACACUCCCAGCUUUAGAGUGCUGUACUAAAAAUCAACCCUUUCUGACGAAUGAUGGAAACUAUAAGUUCUGGUAAUUAUUCUGUGAGUAAGCUCAUGUCAUACAUAUCUGAGGUGAUUGUUGGAAUCAGGACUAUCUUUGUACAGUUUCUGCAGUGAUGAGUUGCCAAAAACAAUAUAAACUAUUUUUCAAACAAUA